AUGGCUGAAACGGCUGGACCAUUUAAGACUCUUUUUGAGAACAAGGCUCUCGCUAAGUCAAAGAAGGAUGAGAAACGUUUGUCUGUAGAGCGGAUCUACCAGAAGAAGACCCAGCUGGAGCACAUUCUGCUUCGGCCAGACACUUACAUUGGUUCUGUAGAGCCGGUCACUCAGCAAAUGUGGGUGUAUGAUGAAGAUGCUGGGAUGAACUGUCGAGACGUCACCUUUGUGCCAGGCCUCUACAAGAUCUUUGAUGAGAUAUUGGUGAAUGCUGCUGACAACAAACAGAGGGACAAAAACAUGAACUGCAUCAAGGUCAACAUUGACUCUGAGAAUAACGCCAUCAGCGUGUGGAACAAUGGGAAGGGUAUCCCUGUGGUGGAACACAAGGUGGAGAAAGUCUUUGUUCCUGCUCUCAUCUUUGGACAACUCUUGACCUCCAGUAAUUACGAUGAUGACCAAAAAAAGGUCACAGGUGGCCGUAACGGAUAUGGUGCCAAACUGUGCAAUAUCUUCAGUACUAAGUUCACUGUGGAGACAGCUUGCAAAGAGUCAAGACACUCUUUUAAACAGACAUGGUAUGAUAACAUGGGCCGUGCUGGUGAGUGCAAGAUCAAGCCCUUUGAUGGAGACGAUUUUACCUGCAUCACUUUCCAGCCAGACCUGAGUAAGUUUAAGAUGCAGGCUCUGGACAGAGAUACCGUCGCCUUGUUGACUAGACGCGCCUAUGACAUUGCUGGCUCAACUAAAGGCGUCCGUGUCUUCCUCAAUGGCAAGAGGCUGCCUGUAAAUGGCUUUCGGAGUUAUGUGGACCUGUAUGUGAAGGAUAAAGUGGAUGAGCAGGGCAAUCCACUGACUGUGGUGCACGAAGCGGUGAACGAACGCUGGGAAGUGUGUCUGACCCUGAGUGAAAAGGGCUUCCAGCAAGUUAGCUUUGUCAACAGCAUUGCCACAACCAAGGGUGGGCGACACACAGACUAUGUAGCAGACCAGGUGGUGUCUAAACUCAUAGAAGUGGUGAAGAAGAAGAACAAGGCCGGAGUGGUAGUCAAACCCUUCCAGGUGAAGAACCACAUGUGGCUGUUUGUGAACUGUCUGAUUGAGAACCCCAGCUUUGACUCUCAGACCAAAGAAAACAUGACGCUGCAGCAGAAGAGCUUUGGCUCCACUUGCCCCCUCAGUGAGAAGUUCAUCAAGCAGGUGAAUAACUGUGGUAUUGUGGAGAGCAUAAUGAACUGGGUGAAGUUUAAGGCUCAGACCCAACUCAAUAAGAAGUGUUCUGCUGUAAAACACACCAAGAUAAAAGGUGUUCCCAAACUGGAUGAUGCGAACGAUGCAGGGGGUAAGAAUUCAUCUGGCUGCACGCUGAUCCUCACUGAGGGAGACUCAGCUAAAUCCUUAGCUGUGUCUGGACUUGGUGUGGUAGGUCGUGAUCGCUAUGGGGUCUUCCCACUCCGUGGUAAAAUGUUGAAUGUUCGGGAAGCUUCACACAAACAAAUAAUGGAAAAUGCUGAGAUCAACAACAUCAUUAAGAUCCUUGGUCUGCAGUACCGCAAGAACUACAGUGAUCCUGAAUCACUGAAGAGCCUACGCUAUGGCAAGCUCAUGAUAAUGACAGAUCAGGAUCAGGAUGGAUCUCACAUUAAAGGUCUUCUGAUUAACUUCAUCCAUCAUAACUGGCCUUCCCUGCUACACCACAACUUCCUGGAGGAGUUCAUCACUCCCAUCAUCAAGGUGUCCAGUAAGAAGCAGGAGCUGUCCUUUUACAGUAUCCCAGAGUUUAACGAGUGGAAAGCCAACCAGCCAAACUACAAAUCCUGGAAAAUCAAGUACUACAAAGGUUUGGGUACCAGCACUUCAAAGGAGGCUAAAGAGUAUUUUUCUGACAUGGCGAGACAUCGCAUCCCCUUUAAGUAUUCUGGUCCUGCCGACGAUGAGGCAAUCACCCUGGCCUUUAGUAAGAAAAAGAUUGAGGAACGUAAGGAAUGGCUUACCAGUUUCAUGAUCAACAGACGCCAGCGUAGGGAACACAACCUGCCUGAGGAGUACCUGUAUGGCCAGGAAACAAAGUACCUGUCCUACCAUGACUUUGUCAACAAAGAACUUGUUUUGUAUUCCAACUCUGACAAUGAGCGCUCCAUUCCCUGCCUUGUGGAUGGGUUGAAGCCUGGUCAGAGGAAGGUGUUGUUCUGCUGCUUUAAGCGGAAUGACAAGCGUGAAGUGAAGGUGGCCCAGCUGGCUGGUUCUGUGGCUGAAAUGUCAGCCUAUCAUCACGGAGAGAUGUCUCUCAUGAUGACAAUUAUUGGUUUGGCUCAGAAUUUUGUGGGAAGCAACAAUUUGAACCUUUUGCAACCUCUGGGUCAGUUUGGCACCCGUCUCCAUGGUGGCAAAGACUCUGCCAGUCCUCGAUACAUCUUCACCAUGCUCAGUUCUCUGGCUCGUCUGCUCUUCCCUGCUGUGGACGAUAACCUGCUCAAAUACAACUUUGAUGACAAUCUGCGUGUGGAGCCAGAGUGGUACAUUCCAAUCAUCCCCACAGUGCUGGUAAAUGGUGCAGAUGGAAUUGGGACUGGCUGGGCUAGUCGCAUCCCUAACUUUGAUGUGCGUGAGAUUGUCAACAACAUCCACCGCAUGCUGAAUGGAGAGGAACCACUACCUAUGCUGCCCAGCUAUAAGGGCUUUAAGGGCACUAUUGAGGAGGUGAUGAGUAAUCAAUACAUUAACAGUGGAGAGGUGGCCAUCAUCAACUCGACCACCAUUGAAAUCUCUGAGCUGCCUGUUAAAACUUGGACUCAGACCUACAAAGAGAAUGUUCUGGAAGUAAUGUUGAACGGCUCAGAUAAAGCUCCUCCACUGAUCACUGACUAUAAGGAGUACCACACAGACACCACUGUACGCUUCGUGGUCACAAUGACUGAAGAUAGACUGAGAGAAGUGGAGGCUGCAGGACUCCACAAGGUUUUUAAGCUGCAGAACCCCCUCACCUGCAACUCUAUGGUCCUGUUUGACCAUGUGGGCAGUCUGAAGAAGUAUGAGUCAGUGCAGGACAUCCUGAAGGACUUCUUUGAGCUGAGAAUGAAGUACUACCAACUGAGGAAGGAUUGGUUGCUGGGUAUGCUUGGAGCCGAGAGCGCCAAACUGACCAAUCAGGCAAGAUUCAUUCUGGAGAAGAUCCAGGGAACUCUGGUAAUCGAGAAUAAGCCUAAGAAGGAGCUGAUCCGCAUGCUUCAGGAAAUGGGCUAUGACUCUGACCCUGUAAAAGCCUGGAAACAAGCUCAGGAGAAGGAUCAAGAGGAGGAGGGAGAGGAAGAUGAGGAGAAGGAGGAAGAAUCCUCAGGCCCAGACUAUAACUACCUGCUGAACAUGCCUAUGUGGUUCCUCACUAAAGAGAAGAAAGAUGAACUCUGCAAACAGAGAGACAAUAAGCUCACUGAGCUGAAUACGCUGAAAAGGAAGAACCCAUCUGAUCUGUGGCGAGAGGACCUGGCUGCUUUCACCGAGGAGCUAGAGCGUGUUGAGGAGAAGGAGCGGCAGGAGGCAGCAGGUGUUGCGGUGACACAGGUGAAGGGGAAGGGAGGCCGGACCAAGGUGGUUAAGGUGAAAGAAGAGACCAUGCCCACACCUCAGGGCCGCCGAGUCAUCCCACGCGUCACCAGCGCCAUGAAGGACCAGGCCAACAAGAAAGCCGACAGCAAGAAAGGCCUAGGGAGGAAAGAGGAAGAGGGAGUAGUGAUGAAGAUGGAGUUUGAUGAUGAAGAGAAAGAUGGUGGAAAAGAGCUGGGAUUAGCUGCACGACUCACCAAGAAAGCUAAGAAAGAGCCUGCCAAGGAGACAGCUGCAAAGAGUGGAAAACAGACCACCCUGCAAUUUAAGCCUGCGAAGAAGCAGAAGAAGAAUCCUUGGUCUGACGAUGAAGACUCAGCUUCAGAUGGGGAUGAAGAGGCCAUCGAGGUUGCACCCAAAGAAAGACCCAAGCGUCAGCUGAAGAGUGCUACCACUAAGUACAGCUUGUCCAGUAGUGAGGAUGAGUUUGAGGACUGGGGGAAGAGUGGAAAAGUGACUAAAGCUGCCAGCAGUGGGGAGGAAGAUGAUGAAUUUGUGCCUGAACCCAGCGGUGGAGCCGACAGUGAUCUGGACUCGCCUGCACCCCAGCCCCCGAAAAAAGUAGUGAAGAGCAGACCAAAGGCUGAAAAAGAUGUGCCGAAAAGCAGAUCUCAGCCCAAUGAAGAUGUAAUCUCAUCCAAACCACCACCCAAGCCGAAAGAAACAACUUCAAAGAAACAAAAUGAAGGAACUGCCAAGAAGACAACAGCUAAGAAGCCAGCUGCUCCCAAGAAAAAAGGAACAGAUGUUAAGCAGCCUUCCAUCAUGGCUGCUUUGUCCAAGUCUGUGUCCACCUCCAAAAAAGCUGCUAUUGCCAUGACAACUUCUAGCGAAUCUGAGAGCUCUGCUCCUGCUCCUGCUCCUGUUGUGGCUAAGCAGCCAGCCAAUCGUAAGAGGAAACCUGCCCUUGACAGUGACGAAUCAUCUAGUGAUUCCGGUAACCUAAUGGACCGUCUCAAGGGAAAGACCAAAGGGGGGAAGAAAACCAAGAAGUGGGAGGACGAUGAAAGCUUUGCACUCUCAGACCAAGAGCUAACCUCACCGGUUGUGGCUCCUAAGGUCAAACCUGGGCGCUCCAGGAAGCCAGUCACCUACAACCUGGACUCAGACUCAGAUGACGACUUUGGCUUUUAG